UGGAAGAAGAACAAGACGGUUGAGCAGGUCUUAGCCAACCACCGGGAAGCAGCAAGGGAAGCGACAGCACAAUGUACAUGCAGCCAGGAACAGAUGCCGAGAGUAGAUGGGCAUGUGCUAGCGCGGAUUGCGCAAUGCUCAGUGGACCCCCCGUUUUUGCACAACGGGAAGAACAUCCUGCAGGGUGAUAUAGGCACGAGGCCGGCAGAAGUGCAGCGGAUGGUAGGACGGUCUUUGGAGGCAGUUGUGCGGAGGGAUCUGUACCAAGUAGCGGAUCCAAGCCUUUUUCAGGAGAUCGUGUCGGACCAUGCUGUGGCUAGGCCAGCAUGCUCGGAGAAGCAGGCAAGGGAAGUAGCGGCGAAGUUGAGCCACCUGGUAGUAGUCCCAGGUGACCUGGUGGUCAUGUGCCCCUCAACUUACCAACACGGCCUCCAGAUGAUGUUCAACUUUAACGUCGCGUACCAGCAAGUUACGGGGAGGACAGACAAGGAAGUGCUGGCGCAAGUGAGAAAGGAGUUCAAAAGACUAGACCUUGACAAGAUAGGAGCCUGGAACCCAGCGGCCAAGAUUGGGCAAGCAUACGUCCUGCCGAAACAUAAAGAUUUGACGAGGUGGAGGCCUAUAGCACCAGCCCAUGCAGAGGGAUCUAAGACAGCGGGGAGGAGGCUAGCGCGUGCGCUGAACUUCCUACUCGAGAAAGUCCCCAAGGCCAAGCACUUCAACCUGAAGGCCACGGCGAUGUUGAAGCAGAAUUUGGAGGCGGCAGGGAGAAGACUUAGUGUUUAUGGAGACAAGUCGAUGGCCCUAAUGGCGAGCUACGACAUCAAGGAGAUGUUCACGUCGUUGCCACACCAAGAGAUAGCACGCGCCGUAGAGUGGCUGCUACAGCAGUGGGAGUUGAGAGGAGUAGUCAAACUGAGCCUGAGUAGACGAGGGAGCGUGGUGAUCCUCAACAGGAGGAGCCCGGGACCAGGCUAUGUUACGAUCAAGUUCUCCCAGAUCCGGCAGAUGGUUAGCUACGAGCUAGAAAACACGUACAUUUCGUGUAGGAGAAUGAUUCUUAAACAGGUUGUAGGGAUCCCCAUGGGGAAGAACUCCAGCCCCUCACUAGCGUGUGUAUUGUGCGCAAAACAUGAGGUGGACUUUAUGAACUCGCUAGGAGCCGACCAGAAGCUGGUACACGGGGUCAGGUUGGUAGACGACGUCACUUUGGCUGUGGCAUGCAACAUGGAUGAUUAUCGGAGUGUGACGACAACGAGAGAAAUAUCUCAGAGGUUUGAGGGGACCUACGGGGAGCAGCUUAUGCUGGUGAGGACAGAUGACUGCUCCAACUCUUGGGACUUUUUGGGGACCAGAGUUGCAGCGUUACCAGGCCCGAUUACGUUUGUUAUCCGUCCUAGGCAUAAGAAUGAAAGGGCUGCGGUAGAAGGUCCCCUGGAUUUCAGAUGCUUCCAAGACUACGCAUCGUAUUCAGACAAACGAGCGAAGGCUGGUACGGUGAUUGGUGUGUUUCACAGAGUCAAGAAUCAUGUGAGUGACCCAACAACAGGGGUCCCAGCGACGCUCUCCAUCAGUAUAGAACUGGGGCGCCGGGGGUUUCCCCCGGCGCUCUUUUCCAAUGCUCUGGCGGGGUUUGCCAGAGCCACCGGCUCGUUCGGAGCAGCGUUGAAGACGCUGUCCGAGCAGCUGGUUAAGAUAGGGAGGGGAAAAAAAGAUGAUGUGCGAUGCCAGUAUACGGUGCAGAAGUUACCAGGGGGGACAGCGGUGACACAUAAGAGUAGACGGGGAGAAGCCCUGGUCGACAGUGUGGAGCACGGCAAUGGCGCCCAGGUGGUUGUGGUUCUGGUUGUUGUUGUGGUUGUUGCUGUUGUUGUUGUUGUUGUUGUUGUUGUUGUGCAGGUCGACAGCGUGGAGCACSGCUAUGGCGCGCAGGUUGACAGCGUGGAGCACGGCUAUGGCGCCCAGGUGGUUGUGGUUCUGGUUGUUGUUCUGGUUGUUGUUGUUGUUGUUGUUGUUGUUGUUGUUGUUGUUGUUGUUGUUGUUGUGCAGGUCAAGAGAUGUGGAGCACGGCUAUGGCGCCCAGGUCGCCAGUGUGGAGCACGGCUAUGGCGGCCAGUUAAGUACCACUUACGCAGUGUGGAGCACGGCAAUGGCGCCCAGGUCGACAGCGUGGAGCACGGCUAUGGCGCCCAGGUGGUUGUGGUUCUGGUUGUUGUUGUGGCUGUUGCUGUUGUUGUUGUUGUUGCUGUUGUUGUUGUUGUUGCUGUUGUUAAUGUUGUUGCUGUUGUUGUUGUUGUUGUUGUUGUGCAGGUCGACAGCAUGGAGCACGGCUAUGGCGCCCAGGUCGCCAGUGUGGAGCACGGCUAUGGCGCCCUUUUAAGUACCACUGACGCAGGUCGACAGCGUGGAGCACGACAAUGGCGCCGAGGACGACAGCGUGUUGUUGUUGUUGUUGUUGUUGUUGUUGUUCUGCAGGACGACAGCGUGGAGCACGGCUAUGGCGCCCAGGUCGACAGUGUGGAGAGCAAUGGCGCCCAGGUCGACAGCGUGGAGCACGGCUAUGGCGCCCAGGUGGUUGUGGUUCUGGUUGUUGUUGUGGUUGUUGCUGUUGUUGUUGUUGUUGGUGUUGUUGUUGUUGUUGCUGUUGUUGUUGUUGUUGCUGUUGUUGUUGUUGUUGUUGUUGUGCAGGUCGACAGCAUGGAGCACCGCUAUGGCGCCCAGGUCGACAGCGUGGAGCACGGCAACGGCGCACAGGUCGACAGCGUGGAGCACGGCAAUGGCGCCCAGGUCGACAGCGUGCAGCAUGGCUAUGGCGCCCAGGUGGUUGUGGUUCUGGUUGUUGUUGUGGUUGUUGCUGUUGUUGUGGUUGUUGUUGUUGUUGUUGUUGUUGUUGUUGUUGUUGUUGUUGUUGUUGUUGUUGUUGUGCAGGUCGACAGCGUGGAGCACGGCUAUGGCGCCCAGGUGGCCAGUGUGGAGCACGGCUAUGGCGCCCUGUUAAGGACCGCUGACGCAGUGCCACGUCAGCAGUGCCACGUAACAGUGCCAGAUCAGCAGUGCCACGUCACAGUGCCACGUCAGCAGUGCCACCUCACAGUGCCAGAUCAGCAGUGCCACGUCACAGUGCCAGAUCAGCAGUGCCAUGUCAGCAGUGCCAGGUCACAGUGCCACGUCAGACAUAGUGCCACGUCAGCAGUGACGUUAGACACAGUACCACGUCAGACACAGGGCCAUGUCAGCAGUGCCACAUCAGCAGUACCACCCUACAAGCAGCGGUUCCAGGCUCAGAUAGAGGCUGAGGAACAACGCCAGCUGGCAGCCGAGGCUGCCCGCGUACAGGCUGAAGAGGCAGCAGCAGCAGAGCAACUGCAGCUACAGGCCGAUGCAGACGCAGAUGCCCAGGCUCGCCGCAAGGAAGCCCAGGAUCUGCUGCAGUGGCAUGAAGCCAAGAGCAUUGACAGACUCAAGUUCUGGCACUUUAAACCGAACGGCGACGAGGCAACACCGGAAGAGAAGCACAAGGAGUUCCUAGUUGGAGAGACAGUACCAGGACCUGACGCAACAGCAUCAGGAGUUGGCAAAGCUCCGCCGCAUAGUGCAGAGCCACGAGGAUGGAACUCGGGCACUCAAUGCCCGAUUGUUGGACCUGGAACAGACUGUACCAGGACCAGCCCAGCUGCUGGGGCGUCCAACAGUGCACCCUCUAGCCGCCAACUGGAGGACCGCGUUGAGCUCGUAGUGGCAAUGCUCGGCGACAUCAGCACCUUCGCUGCGCCGACCACCACCAUCAGCAGUCAGUUGCAUACAUUGAAGACCGAGGUCCAGCAGCUGCAGACGACGAACGCGGAUGGCAAUCCGAAGAUGUAUAAGAUGCCAACUUUCAAUCUGGAGAGGUUCGACGACUACACACAGCAGGAUCCGGUCCUCUGGUGGGAAGCAUUCACAACGCAACUCAGGAUUCUGCCCGUAGCCAAGCAUGCGUACAUCGGCGCCCUGUUCCUGAACUCAAAGGGCAGAUGCCAGACCUGGUUGAGCCACUUGGCAACCUCCCACGGCGUCGACGUACCAGACUUGAAGGACAAGAUCACAUGGGAGGAACUGACACGGCUGUGGAAGAAGCGGUUCAUCGUCGACGGCGCGCCGACACUUGCCAUCAACCGUCUGUUCACCAUGUCACAGGGCAACACUGCAACACGGGACUGGCUCACGGAGUGGCAGAAGAUUGCGGCAGUGCCCAAUCAAGAGCUGCCUUUCACUCAUCUCAGACGUGAGUUCUACAACAGGUCCUGUGCUGCAUUGAGCCAGGCUCUUGAUGAUCGCGAGCAGUACUCCACUUUCGCCGAGAUUAUCGACAAGGCGAGAGAGAUCAUCAAGACCAGCAGGUCAGCUGCACACGAGAGAUCAACAUGGCAGCCGACCUAUGUGGAGAAGGUACGAACUGGUCCGCGACAGCAGCACUUCGCUGCAGUCCAGCAGGACAGUGGAGAUAACCCAGCAGCCACUCCAGCAUCAAGUGACGGAGAUCAGGUGGCUGUUGUCCAGCCGCGGAGCAACAACAAGUCCCGCAACAAUGGGAAGGCGAAAUCCGCAUCGCAGGCCGGAAAUGGACAGCCAGUACAAGUUCCAUGGGUCAAGUUUGGCUUGACCGAGGCGGAGUACAAGCUCGAGAAACUGAGCUCAGCGGAAGGUGAGGCGACUCCACCUUCUACUCCACCAGAUUCGGCCGCCUUGCUAGCGGCCUCCUGCACAUCUGGGGAGGAUGCGAAUGUCGCAGGUUCUCAUUACACUUACGAGGACUAUACUGUCCACUUGGUUCCACCGCUGGACAAACCGCUCCACGUGCAACUAUCUACCGCAUGCACGGUUUCAUCACCAUCGGCAACCGAUUCGGCAGCUUCGCCGCCAUCUAUCGUCGGGGAUUCAUCGUCAUGGUCAAGACUUGAGGUGCUCGACCCACUGACGUUCAUAGACUUCCAGUGGAUGCCUGUUCCCCCGAUCGGACGAUUGCCGAAACCGCAUUGCAACGUGCUCAUGGCACAACUGCGAGAUUACUUGCACACUGCAGUACCAGCUCCGUUGAUGGACGCCGGAGUAGAGGUUGUCGACCUUCACGUCUACAUUGCGAAGAUCGACCGCGAGUUCAAGACGCAACGCAACUACAUCAGCCAGGACUUCAUGGUGCGCGCCGGCCUUGGCCCACGCGUCCGGAGGAAGCCCAAGCCUACGCAAGUCACACUGGCGGGCGGUCACACGCACAAGUCAAUCGACCGGUGCAUUGACAGCGUCCCAAUGUACUUUGCCCCUUACGCAAGUGAGGCGGUGUCCUUUGACAUUCUGGACACCAAAUUCGACAUGACCUUGGGCAUGUCAUGGCUGCGAAGCAAGGAUCACCCAGUGAACUUCUUCAACCGCACUGUUCACGUUCGUGACUGGAACAGAGUAUUAGUUCCAUGCACGGUGCCUCUUCCUCAUCCUUCGAUUAGCUGCCACGUGGUAUCCGCCGCAAGCAUGCGAGCUUCCAUCAUCAGAGACGACAUCGAGGAGAUGGGGGUGUGUUUUCUCCACGCCCUCCCGCCCCAUGACGCUUCAUCGACGGGCUCACCUUCGGAUCCACGCAUCACCGAGCUUCUCGACGCCUAUAGCGAAGUGUUCGAAGGCCCGCACGAAGUAGUACCGGAUCGACCCAUCCGCCACGAGAUCAUCCUCGAGGACGGGGCCGUACCUCCACGCGGUUGCAUCUACCGAAUGAGCGAGGAAGAGUUAAGUGUGCUUCGGGCACAACUCGACGACCUUCUGGAGAAAGGCUGGAUUCGGCCUAGCUCAUCGCCAUACGGUGCUCCUGUUCUCUUCGUCCGGAAGAAGAACAAGGACCUGUGGUUGUGCAUCGAUUAUCGCAAGCUCAACACGCAGACGAUCAGGAACGCCGGCCCUUUCCCACGCAUCGAUGAUCUUCUCGAGCGAUUGGGCGGCGCCCAGUUUUUCUCUAAGCUGCAUCUCAAGUCAGGGUACCACCAACUCGAGAUUCGCAAGGAGGAUCGCUACAAGACCGCGUUCAAGACACGGUAUGGGCAUUUCGAAUGGCUGGUUAUGCCAUUUGGCCUUACGAAUGCCCCAGCCACUUUUCAAGCGGCUAUGACAACGGAGUUCCGACACAUGCUGGAUCGAUACGUACUUAUCUAUCUCGACGACAUCUUGGUGUACAGCCGGAGUUUGGAGGAGCGUGUGGAACACCU